AUGCGGAUGCUGGGAGAUGUGUACUACAAUAGGAUCAACAACGAGGAAAUAAUUGUUCUGUUGAUGAAAAAGCUUCUCGAUGAUAGUCUCAAGAGAAGGUGGGCGGAGCGUGCAGGCGAUCUGAUUCUGGCAAGAGGUUUUGUGACUUUCGAAGAUUUUGUGAAGUUCGUGCGCGGUACUGCAGACAGGAUGAACAAUCGCUAUGGCAAGGAACUGAAAAGCGACAAGGUUAGGUCAAGAAGCAAACCUGCAGCAAGCCAAGUAACUACACUAGCAACUGAGAAUGAGAACACUACAGAUGAGAGGGCCAAGCGUAGUUCUCCAAAGUGUCAUCAAUGCGACGGUCCGCAUCCAACGUGGAGAUGUUUCGCAUUCAAGAAGCUGUCAGUUGAAAAUAGAUGGAAGGCGGUGAUCAAGAACAAGCUAUGCAGACGAUGCUUGGAUGACGGUCAUUUCGCAAAAGAUUGUCACAGAGGCUUCACCUGUAGACGGCGACUGUGGAUAAGAACAUCAUGA